UUCUUCUUCUUCUUCUUCUUCUUCUUCUUCUCUAUUCCUCUUCUUCUCCUCUCUGUCGAUCUCAGUUCAGAAGAACUGAGUUAUUCAGUGUGAUUUUUCCUAGAAAAUUAGUAAGCUCGAUGAAUCGAAGAAGAUGAAGCUAGAACUGAAAUUUUUAAGCUUCAGGAUAAGAAGAAGGCGACGUAAAUCUUGAAUUGAAGUUAGGGUUUCUGAAGUUAGGGCUCGUAUAGAACUGAUGAUGAUAUAGUGUCGUUGAUGGAUGAAGAACUAAGGGGUUGAUAUUGAUUUGACUAGGUGAAGCUGUUGUGUUGAAGAAUCAAAUAGAAAAGGUAAAUCAUAGUUUUAAUUUAGGUUCUUAAUUUACUGAAAUUUCUGUAUGAAGUUGUUAUAUUUUGGUUAAUUGUUGAUAGGUUAGUUUUAUUUGAAGUAGAGAUAGAUGUGUGAGAUUCAAUUUGAGUUCCCAAGGAAGUAGAGUCUUAAAUUAGAGUUUUGGUAAAUUGAGGAUGAAGUUGGGUUUUUCCGUUAGUUUGAGCUACAUGAAGAAGAGUUAGAUGUUGUUGGAGGUUGGGGUCAGAAGAGGAUGUUGAUGAAAGUAAAGUUUGUAAUGAGUUUCAGUGUAGACAAUGGUUGUGGUGUUGUUGAAUUGUAUUGGUGAUAAACUGAGACAGUUGCAGGUGUAAUUGUAAGUUAUAGUGGGAGUGGUCUUAGCUGAAAUGGCAGUGGUACUGGUUGUGUUUGUUUCUGGUGGUGAUGUUUGCAUCUGAAGUUGUAGGUGGUGCAGGUUUGGUUAAGUACAGAGUAUUGUGAAUGGUGGUGGAGAUGAAGAUAAUCUUAAUUGGUUGCUGGUGUAGUUUAGAUUAGUUUUGAACUACAUAGGAUUCUGAAGUUACUUAUGUGCAGGGGUUAAUAGAGUUUGAGUAAUGUUGAACUGGUGGAGGCAGAGAGGAACUGGAAGUGGUGAACUGUGUUGCAAGUGGAGACAGUUGUAAUAGACCUAUAGAUCCUAGGAUGUGAUCUCCCGUAAUCAACCGAAUCUCGGGAUCAAUAACAAGAGUUUCAUAAUUGAGUAUGAAAACUGUAACAGGAUGUUGAUCUCCAUUCGGAUUUGGAUAUGUAUGUAAUAGACCUAGAUAAACAUGAUACUUCUUAUCGCAAUUUAGAUCUCUAUCUGCGUGUAACUUUUCAGUUGAGUAACUAACAGCUUCACCAUCUAGAUUUCCUAACGAAACCAUCACCUUUCACACAUAUCUCCUUCUUUACUACAGUAGUUUUUACCAGCGGUUUGCCGCCAACUAACGACACUGAAAGAUGGUGAUGGUUUCGUUAGGAAAUCUAGACGGUGAAGCUGUUAGUUACUUAACUGGAGAGUUACACACAAAUAAAGAUCUAAAUCGCGAUAUGAAAUAUCAUGUUUAUCUAGUUCUAUUAUGUACAUAUCCAAAUCCGAAUGGAGAUCAACAUCUUGUUACAGUUUUCAUACUCGAUUAUGAAACUCUUGUUAUUGAUCCCAAGAUUCGGUUGAUUACGGGAGAUCACAUCCUAGAAUGUAUAGGUUAUAUACGUGAGGAAAAGGCUCUUAUAAAAGAGGAUUAUUUGCUUAAUCUGUCAGAAUUUAAAAAAUAUAUUAGUGAUGAUGCAGCUCCCAGGGAUUCGGGACUUGACGUUAUUGAAUCCGGACUAGUUAACCGGCAAGAGGCUUUUCAGAUCAACAGAGUUAGGACUUCAAGUUAUAAGGCUGUGUUAAUGGGUACUUGCAGUGUGUUGUUUACGAGAGGAUCCCUUCGACAAUUCUCACUUACCAAGCUUCUGAUGAUCCAGUGUACAGUGGUGACAGGUCUGUUGUUGAAUUUACGAGCCAAGAAGAAGCUUUUGUAAAAUUUAUUGCAAACUAUGUUGACGAUGCAUCCAUACAGGGAUAACCGGAAAAGUGUCAUGUUUUAAGUUUUGUAUUUAACUUAUUGUCACAUGACGAAUUAUGAUGUUGACUUACUAUUAUACUUAAAAAUCUUGAACAUUAUAUUCAACAGCAUUAAGGCACCAUCUAUUAACAUGCAA